AUGGCUGUCUCUUUGGAGUUAACUUCGUUGCAAACGAGAAGAGCAAAACUUUUAUUUAGAAAUGCUGAGGGACAGCUUACUCAGAGACUCAGACCCUGUGAUGUUUGCGGAGCCCUACUCUCAGCGAACGACACGGACCGCCGUCUCGAUGAACAUUUCUCUGGCCGCGUGCAUUUGGGUUUCCAAAAACUGCGUGAUGCUCUCAAAAAGAAUUUAGAGUAUAUUGCUCAAGCCCCGAUGCCUGAUCAGGACUUGUCUAGAAUUCUCAUCAACAUGCAAGAACAAGAGCAAGUGUUUAAACAGCUCCAAGCACAGGAAGGAGAUGCAUUUGAUAUAGGCAGCGUCUUUGCUGCAGCACAGAAGACGCAGCAAGAUUUGUUUGGGCUUCAUCAGCAGCAGAAGCAGCAGCAGCAGCAGCAGCAGCAGCAGAAGAAAGACGCGGAGAAAGAAGAGCAGCAAAAGCUGCAGGAGCAGCUCAGGCAGCAGCUACUCAAGCAGAAGCAGCAGCAGCCUAUUCCAGACUUCUUGCUGAAGCAGCGGCAGCAGCAGCAGCAGCAAACAGAGCGCGGAACAGAUAGAAGAAGCCCCAGCAUCACGAGAGAAGCAUGUGAAGAGUGUUUUUUUUCGGGUUGUUUGUCUUCGGUGUGUUGCGGCUGCAUGCAAGAACAAGAGCAAGUGUUUAAACAGCUCCAAGCACAGGAAGGAGAUGCAUUUGAUAUAGGCAGCGUCUUUGCUGCAGCACAGAAGACGCAGCAAGAUUUGUUUGGGCUUCAUCAGCAGCAGAAGCAGCAGCAGCAGCAGCAGCAGCAGCAGAAGAAAGACGCGGAGAAAGAAGAGCAGCAAAAGCUGCAGGAGCAGCUCAGGCAGCAGCUACUCAAGCAGAAGCAGCAGCAGCCUAUUCCAGACUUCUUGCUGAAGCAGCGGCAGCAGCAGCAGCAGCAAACAGAGCGCGGAACAGAUAGAAGAAGCCCCAGCAUCACGAGAGAAGCAUGUCCUGCUGCUGCUGCUAUUGCUGCUGCUGUUGCUCGCCGCAAACCCAAAAACCCUAGCCCCAGCAGAAGCCGCAGCAAAAGCCGCAGCAGAAGCAGCAGCAGGAGCAGCAGCAGAAGCAGCAGAAGCAGCAGCAGGAGCAGCAGCGGCAGUGAUAGACAAAGCUCCAGAAGCACCAGCAGAAGCAGCAGCAGAAGCAGCAGAAGCAGCAGAAGCAGCAGCAGGAGCAGCAGAAGCACAAGCAGAAGCACCAGCAGGAGCAGCAGAAGAAGCAGCAGGACCAGGAGCAGCAGCAGGAGCAUCAGCAGGGAUAGUGAAAGACGCAGCAGCAGCAGCCACGUAGACAAGGUAGAGCCGCAAGCAACCAGCAGCAGCAGCAGCAGCAGCAGCAAGCUUCUUUCAGUAGCAGAAGCAGCAAACAUGAGGAACGGCCAGACGAACCCAGAGAAACCCCCAGUUAGCAGCAGCAGCAGCAGCAGCAGCAGCAGCAGCAAGCCAAGCAGCAGCAGCAGCAGCAGCAGCAGCAGCACCAAGCCGAGCAGCAGCAGCAACACCACAAAAACUAGCAACAGCAGCAGCAGCAGCAGCAAGCAGAGCAGCAGCAGCGGCACAAGCAAACCCAGUAGCAGCAGCAGCAGCAAGCCAAGCAGCAGCAGCAGCAGCAGCAGCAAGCCAAGCAGCAGCAGCAGCAGCAGCAAGCCAAGUAGCAGCAGUGGCAGCAAGCCAAGUAGCAGCAGCAGCAGCAAGCCAAGCAGCAGCAGCAGCAGCAGCAAGCCAAGCAGCAGCAGCAGUGGCAGCAGCAGCAGUGGCAGCAGCAGCAGUGCCAAGCCGAGCAGCAGCAGCGGCAGCGCCAAACCGAGUAGCAGCAGCAGCAGCAGCAGCAGCAAACCCAGCAGUAGCAGCAGCUCCACCAAACCGAGCAGCAGCAGCAGCAGCAGCAGCAGCAGCAGCAGCAAAUCUGGGAGUAGCAGUAGUGGCAAGUCUAGCAGCAGCAGCAGCAGCAAACCAGCCAGCAGCAGCAGCAAGCCAAGUAGCAGCAGCAGCAAGCCAAGCAGCAGCAGCAAGUCUGGCGACAGCAGCAGCAGGAAGCGCACAGCCUCAGAAGAGGGCGGUAGCAGCUCGAAGAAGCCCCGCGAAUCAAGCAGCAGCAGCAGUAGCAGCAGCAGCAGCAGCAAGCAUAGCAGCAGCAGCAGCAAACAUAGCAGCAGCAGCAGCAGCAGCAAACACAGCAGCAGCAGCAGCAGGAAGCCAGUAAGCAGCAGCGGCCGACAGCACUAA